CAACAAACCCAGUGUAUUCAUACCUUGAAUACCAUGAAGGUGUGGUGAGAUAUUCUUCCAUUGACAUACGGUCAUAUAUGCUUAGGUGCCAAUUGGUUUGCACAACAUAGAGUUUCAAAUGUGCAAAAUUGGCCUAAUGUUGUAAGAGACCGGUGGGGAAAUCACCUCGUGACAUACAUGCUGCCCGAUCCGCAAAGAGAAGUGAAUACUUACUCCAAUCCGAAUGCUUAUGAGAGACAAAAGAUUGAGAGAAGUAAGGGUGUUCAAGGUGGUAAUCUGAGAGUGGAAAAAGGAGAGGUUGUGUGGAGCGAAGUGAGGGCAUUGCCACCAAACCGAGCUAACAUUGUUUGUCCUUCUAUUUCUAAGGACAUUUGUGUAGGUACCGACAUGGCAAGUGAAGGAGGGAAAUGCCGAAGUGAAGUUGCUGCCCAAGCUUGUGUAGGACCUUCACAACACAACAAAGGAGAGUCGACUCAAGAACUUCAAGAGGCCAACACAUAGAAGCUCAAGAUUUGGUCACCUUGAGGAUACGAGAAUAUGCAUGGAGGACCCGUUUUGAGCAUGCCAUUAAACAAAUCCGUGUGUGGAAGCUUGCGUGGGGGCUUCACCAUGCACGAAAUUUGGGACGAAGUUGCUGAGACUUUUAAGGUCCUCCCUUGCUUACCAAAUUUAAGGUCAUGUCAGAGCUGGUGCUCUAUGGGAUCACUGCGUUUGGGGAAGUAUACUGAGUGGUUCAAUGAUGUUAUCUCAACUGACAUAUCUGAUAAGUGUGAGGAUAUUCUUAAUCAGAUAUCAGAAAAACAUGUAUGCAAAACUAUUGAGAUUGUAAUACCAGAGUUGCGUGAGAUGCGCAUCGCGCUUGUUGUUUCUAUUGGCUCUGAAGGGUUAUCUGAGCUGAAUCCUGACCUGGAGGAUGGGUAUGUCUCCCUUUCUGAGCAGGUCCUUCAUGUGCUUGAGAUGGUUUUUCUGGGGGCAGUACAUGAAAUGAUGGAUUAUUCAUAUUCUUCUUGAUGAAUACCUUGCAUCUUUGCAUUGAUAUGUUCUUCACCUG